AGCGCCUCAAGUCGGACAUACUUUCAGGAGGGACCCGAGUAUGUUGAAACGAGUUAGCUGCUAUUUUCAAAGUUACGCAAGCUUUAAAUGAAUACAGUCGUAAGUGUAAGGUUUUAUAAUUGUCGGGAACGACAUGGGGUUGAUAAGACACGUCGUGUGCGCCAUGUCAGGUGGCGUGGACAGCUCCGUGGCGGCUCUACUGCUGAAGAGGAGAGGCUAUAAUGUGACGGGGGUUUUCAUGAAGAAUUGGGACUCCCUGGAUGAGAGCGGAGUCUGCAGCACAGAGAGGGACUGUGAGGACGCCUACAGGGUGUGCCAAAUGCUGGACGUCCCCUUCCACCAGGUGUCUUACGUCAGAGAGUACUGGCAUGACGUGUUCAGCAAUCUGCUGAAAGAAUACGAAAAAGGCAGGACGCCAAAUCCUGACAUACUCUGCAACAAACACAUCAAAUUCAACCAUUUCCACAAGUAUGCCAUACACACUUUGGGUGCUGAUGCCAUGGCAACGGGCCACUACGCCAGGACGUCCCAGGAAGAUGAAGAGGUUUUCCUCCAGUCUCACUCAGCUCCACCCACCACACUGUUCAGGGAUCGAUUCGAGAUCAGAAAUCCUGUGAAGCUGUGCAAAGGGGCCGACCUCGUCAAAGACCAGACCUUCUUCCUCAGCCAGAUCUCGCAGGACGCCUUACGUCAAACCUUGUUCCCGCUCGCCGGACUCACUAAAGACUUUGUCAAAAAGAUGGCAAACGAAGCAGGGUUUCAUCAUGUGCUGAAGAAGAAAGAGAGCAUGGGCAUUUGCUUUAUUGGAGAAAGAAACUUUGAAAACUUCAUUUUAGAGUAUCUGGAGCCAAAUCCUGGGAACUUUGUGUCUAUAGAGGAUGGGACUGUGAAAGGAACACAUAAAGGCUGGUUUACUCUGACCCUGGGCCAGAGGGCGAGGAUAGGUGGCCAGAGAGACGCCUGGUUCGUGGUGGACAAAGAUAUCGACACCGGUGAUGUCUUUGUGGCUCCGUCUACCAAUCACCCGUCUCUUUUCCGUGACACGGUGAAAACCGACCGCUUCCACUGGAUCGCUGUGGACCCACCUGCAGAGCUAGUCAGGACCCAGAUGAUGGAGUGCCAGUUCCGCUUCAUCCACCAGAUGCCGCUCAUUCCCUGCACUGUGACUCUAAACAUGGACGGUUCAGUGUGGAUUUCCCUUUCUCAGCCAGUCAGAGCUCUAACACCCGGACAGUUUGCAGUGCUCUACAAAGGCGACGACUGCCUGGGCAGCGGGAAGAUCAUCCAGCUGGGUCCCAGUGAAUACACGCUGCAGAAGGGCCGCGAGCGCCUGGUUGCUAAUCAGCAACAAAACGAUGAGCCUGCACCCGAUCCAGCCAGCUGAUAGCAGAGCUCUCAGUCCAACGGUCCUAGAUGUGCAAGAAGACAAACCUAGAAACUGGAGAGGGGUGUUUAACGUGGAUCUUACUAGACCUUGUGUUUUAACAGUCUUCAUAAAGACAGAGCGGCGCCUUUAUAAAUCAUCUGUAUCCAAACAUAAAAAGGCGACUUUACAAAAAUAAGAUGGUUUAGCUGUCUGUGCCAGAAAACACCCGCUCCAGUUCUUAUUUAUGCUGCAUAGCAUUUAAUGUAUUUAAGAUGUGAAAAUGUAUAAAGGUAUUUUUUAUAAAACAUGCAGAAAUGAAGAAACUUUGGCUCCAACCAAACACAUUAAAGGUAUAGUGGAGGAUGUUCUUUUUCUGGGUGGAAAAAUAAGUGAUCUUCCUAAUUGUCAAUCAUUCUGGUGAGUUGUUCAUACUGCCUACGUGAUCGUACCGAUUUUCAGUUACCAGUGGUGAGUCUGACAUAGUGGAAAAAUUGCAAAUCUUCCUUUGGAAAGUAAGCUUGUAUUAGUGAUGCAAACAGCAGGUUUUAAACAGAGCAUGCACGAGGAGAAAUGUGCUCGUGCAUGCUCUCGCACGUAUUUAAUACUGUAGGCGUUCCCUCUCAGGAGCGGGUACAGGGUUGUGCAUGUGCAUUUUUUAUUUAAGUGCAGAGGGCGGGUCUCUUCAAAAAUUAGGGAAAAAUCAUCCUCUAUACUUUCAAGGAGUUCUACAAAUGAUCUGCAUAUUGUAUUUCUUUUAAAUGGCGAAUUUAUACGUCAGAAAUAAGACAUAAACCACUGCUCAAGCAAAAGCACAGGAGAAGCUUGAUUUGAUAAAAUCUGUUCGUUGAUGUUUAGGUUUUAGGUUUAUUUUAAGUGGAGCGGUGACUCAGAACUGGUUAUUUUUAUGGAAGUCAGGAGGAGAACACUUGAAGCAUAUAAAGAAAUAAACCUGCAGUGAAGCAUGGUGUUGACAGUGAUGCUUAGGGUUUAGGGUGCUUCCUCUGCUGCUAGAAACUUUAUCAGGGCGAGACGGAUCCCAUCAAACCUUGUUUGGCUGGAACACAGCAUAAGUUUUAUAAAGCAUGGUGAAGGUGGGAUGAUGCGGGCGUGUAAUGUGAGGCCAUCUAACAGCUAAAGCUUAACCUGAAUUAGGUUGUACCACAAAGCCAGUGCCUUAAAACGCAGCAGAAAACCUACAGCUGGAUGAAAUUCAAAAUAAGAAACCUACAGAAACUAAAAGAUAAAAUUAAGUAUUUAUAUCA